AUGGUUGUUAGGGCUGAACGUAGCAGAGUUGUUAGAGCUAGACAUAGCACAGUAGUUAGAACUGAAUGUAGCAUGGCAGUUAGAGCACAAACUAGAUAUAGCACAAUUGUUAGAGCUAGACAUAACAUGGUUGUUAGAACUAGACAUAGUAUGAUUGUUAGAACUAAACAUAAUAUUAUUGUUGUUGUUAGAGCUAGAUGUAGUAUAG